GUGUGAAAAACCUGUCCGUCUGCUUAAUUCUUCCAGCCUUAACUUGGUGGGUUCUUUAGCAUCAACAUCACUUUGUGAAUGCACUUUAGCCUGAAUGGGACCAUCAAAAUUUCUCCAGUUUUGGUGUGGAUGCACUAUCUCAAAAUACAAUAAUUGCAGAAAGAGCAGCACAUUAGUUAGACUAAAGGCAGAACAUAUUUUCAGCACAAGUCAGUGCAAUCAUUCGAGAGGCAACACUGAUCCCGAGGCAACUGCUGUGAAAUGGACGAUCUAGAUAGAUAGAAGGUGUACCUGCAUGGGGGAGCUCAGAAAGUUCGGGCUCCUUUAGGAGCUCAACAUGCCAUCACGUCUUGUUGGGGCGCCGGAAACUAAGCUCUGAUUGAUGGACCUCACGGAGAAGGAUAAGGAGGAGCCGUCGAGGAAAAGGAGGGAGACAAGGAAGGUGCUGGAUCCUGUCAGGAUUGCGGGGAAGAAGAGGAGGAACAAUGAUGACAGGAUUCUUGAGGAGGAUUACAAGAAUGUCUUAAUCGACAAUCCAACCACAGCCACAGUUUCUGAUCCUGUUAUUGAAUCAAGUGCCAAAAAUGAAGUCGAGCAAUCUGGUGCUCAACUGCCAGUCCUUGAGGAUAUCUCGAGGCUGUUUGAUGGUUCGGUGAGUUCUUCAUUGGGCGCCAUGAGACCCCUUGUUGAGAAGCUUGGCAUACUGCUAGCUCCUGCUCAGGAACACUACAAGAGGUUGCCCAAGAGGAUCAAGGAGGGGGUGCACCUUCUCAAGGAUGAUGUUGAGGUGAUAAGCUCCUACCUUGAUGAACUGUCAGAGUUGGAGGACCCUCCCCCGGUGGCCAUAUGCUGGAUGAAUGAGGCACGCGAUUUGUCUUACGAUAUGGUAGAUUACAUUGACAGCUUAUUAUUUGUGCCGCCUGACCGUUUCAUCAAAAAGAGGCUUAAGUGGUACAAACAAAUUGCAUUCAUAGCGCAGGUGUCAGAACAUGGUACCAAGACCAGUAAAAUCAUUCAUGUUAAUGUCCCUCGUCUUCCCAGUAAGCCCAAGAUUGCAGAAACAAUAUCGGAAUUCAGGAUCUAUGUCCAGGAGGCUUUUGAACGGCACGACAGGUAUAAGCUCCAGUGUUGCAGCACCUUGAGGAGGCGUAGAUUCUUGUCCGCUGGCAGUAUGCUUCCAAUGCCCUAUGAUGAAGUUGCACAAAUUGUAAUCGAUGGGCGUAUGAAUGAGUUUAUCUGCUCACUGGCCGCUAAUGAUACGGCAGGUCAGCAGCAGCUCAAGGUGGUAUCUGUUCUUGGAUCUGGGUGUCUUGGUAAAACUACACUUGCCAAUGUGUUGUAUGAAAGAAUUGAGAUGCAAUUCGAAUGCAGAGCUUUCAUCCGAGUGUCCAGAAAGUCUGAUAUGAAGAGACUUUUCAGUGACUUGUUCUCGCAACUCCACAAGAAGCAGCCACUACCUGCCAGCUGUAAUGAGCUUGGCAUCAGCGACAAUACCAGCAAACAUCUGCAACAUAAAAGGUAUCUAAUUGUUAUUGAUGAUUUGUGGGAUGCAUCAGUGUGGGAUAUUAUUAAAUAUGCUUUUCCAAAUGGAAACUGUGGCAGCAGAAUAAUAAUAACUACACAGAUUGAAGAUGUUGCAUUAACAUGUUGCUGUGAUCAUACAGAGCAUGUUUUCGAGAUGAAACCUCUCGAUGAUGCUCACUCAAGAAUGCUAUUCUUUAACAGGCUUUUUGGUUCGGAAAAUGACUGUCCAGCAGAAUUCAAACAAGUUUCAAACGAAAUUAUUGAUAUAUGUGGUGGUUUGCCACUAGCGACAAUGAACAUAGCUAGUCAUUUGGCGAACCAGCAAACAGCAGUUUCACUGGAUUUGCUUACAUACAUACGUGAUUCGUUGAGAUCCCAUUUGUGGUCAAGUUCUACUUCAGAAAGAACGAGACAAGUACUGACACUCAGCUACAAUAAUCUCCCUCAUUAUCUGAAGACAUGUUUGUUGUAUCUUCACAUGUAUCCAGAGGGCUCCAUAAUCUGGAAGGAUGAUCUUUCGAUGCAAUGGGUAGCUGAAGCCUCCAUCGUUACACAAAAAGGGAAAGGGCAAUAUCAAGACCGGUUGAAGAAAGCUGCAGGAAUCUGUUUUGAUGAACUUAUUGAUAGAAGAUUCAUCCAACCUUCAUAUAUCAACUACAACAAUGAGGUAUUGUCCUGUACGGUCCAUGAUGUAGUACGUGAACUUAUUGCACACAAGUCUGCAGAAGAGAAUUUCAUUGUGGUAGUAGACUACAAUCGAAAGAAUAUAGCACUUUCCCAUAAGGUUCGCCGACUAUCUCUCAUCUUUGGUGAUGCAAAAUAUGCCAAGACACCAGAAAACAUCACAAAGUCACAGGUUCGAUCACUCAGAUUUUUUGGAUUAUUCGACUGUAUGCCUUGUAUUAGAGAUUUCAAGGUUCUUCGUGUCCUAAAUCUUCAACUAUCUGGUCAUUGUGGCCUCCAUGACCCCAUAGACCUCACUGGGAUUUCAGAGCUGUUUCAGCUAAGAUAUUUGAAGAUUGCAAGUGAUGUUUGCAUAAAACUACCAAACCAUAUACGAGGGCUGCAAUGUUUGGAAACGCUGGAUGUUAUGGAUGCAACAAGAGUCACUGCUAUUCCAUGGGAUAUUAUACAUCUCCCACACUUGUUCCACCUGGCUCUUCCGGUUGACACAAAUCUGCUAGGCACCAUGACUGAUUCCGUCGUCAGUCUGUGGAGCCUUUGCAAGCUGAACUACCUGCAAGAUCUUUAUCUUACCAUUUCUUCUACACCUUGUUCUGGCCAUCCGGAGAAAAACAUGGAAUCUCUAGGCUCUUUACUAGAAGGACAUGGCAGCCUGAAAAAUAUAGUCGUGUCUCAUGGCCCAUCGGUUAAAGAUAUUGUGGUUCCCGGUGCCUCAAAAGUAAUCAUUUCCUGGGAUGACUUGGAGCCUCCCCCUCUUCUCCAGAGAUUUGAAUGCUCGCCACACAGCUGCGUCAUAUUUUCCCAAAUUCCUAAAUGGCUUAAAGAACUUGGUAACCUGUGCAUUCUGAAGAUGGCAGUAAUGGAACUGCAGAUGAGUUCUGUUGAUAUUCUCAGAGGAUUGCCUGCCCUCAUUGAUCUGUCGCUGUAUGUGCAGUGGGCACCAGGUGAAAGGAUCAUCUUUGACAAGGCGGCCGGGUUCUCAGUUCUCAAGUACUUCAAAUUGAGGUGCACAAGUGGUAUCCCGUGGCUAAAAUUUGAGGCGGAUGCAAUGCCUAAUCUCUGGAAGCUCACGCUAGGUUUCAAUGCCAUUCCCCGAAUGGACCAACAUCAACUAAUCCGCAUCGAGCAUAUGCCAGACCUUAAAGAGAUCUCCGUAAAAUUUGGGGGUGCAGCUGCUCAUAUAGAGUAUGCCGUGAGGUCUGUCGUUAGUAAUCAUCCAAGAAAUCCUACAAUCAACAUGCAAUUGGUGAAUUCUAGUUCCUAUGGUGAUGAAAGCACAGAACAGAGCCUUCCAAUAAACUGGGCUCCCGAGUCAUGUGCGGCCGAUGCGGUUGCUGAUGUGGAGCCACUCCGUCGCCUCUCUGACAACCUCGCCACAGCCUUCCACUCACCGGAUGACUUCGCCUUCCUUGCCGAUAUGUGCAUUGCCAUGCCCGGCGCGCCCGACCUGCACGUGCACCGCUACAUGCUCUCUGUGCGGAGUCCCUUCCUCCACGCAUUCUUCGCACGCCGUGCCUCUGUGGAGGGCAACAGGUUGGAACUCUGGGAACUUCUGGGCGAGAAGGUGGAGGUCGGGUAUGAGGCACUGCAGCUAGUGCUCGAGUACCUGUACAGCGCCCGCUUCCAUGUCCUUCCCAGGCCGGCAUGUGUCUGCGUCGACAUGGAUGGUUGCGCGCACGUCAGCUGCCACCCCGUCAUCUCCUUCAUGGUGCAGGUCCUCUUUGUUACAUUCACCUUCCAGAUCACCGAGCUCACCAACUACUUCCAGGUUCAUAUCAGAUGACUAUUAUGCUUGCUGGGAUGCGUAUUGCUAAGACGUUUUAAUGCUAUAUAUGGAUCCCCAUCAUAUCUUUUAACCUGAAAUUCUUUAAUUUCAAUGCUUUUACAAAGUAGUGAUAAAGCAUUACGUCCGUGCUGAAUUUAAUUGUAUUCGUUAAAUUGGUGAAGUUUUUUUUAAAACAAAUUGGUGAAGUUCAAACGGGUGCUAGGACAUGCUGAGUUGUUUGGAGAUCCCUACCAGGGUGCAAUUUCCACUUAUUAGGUUCAACAAUCAAGACUCCUUUCUUACUUGGUUUGAUGUAGGAGUGGAAAUAAAUUGAGUUGUCUGUGCAUGUGGUAUAGUGUGUUCAAUAUGCAAAUGAUGCAAUUGGUAGUUCUAAGGUGCUGUGUCAUUUUGUUGAUAUUUCAGGGAUUCUUGUUUUGAUUUUGUUUAGAGAAAGGGAAGGGUAACUGUUCAAAGCAUGAAAAUUACAUGCACCCAGGCGUAUUUGAAGACAAAAACUGUUCAAAGUGUUGUACAUGUGCCUACUCUUUUUUGUUGCAUCAACAAAAGGCAGUUCAUGAAAAACAUGCUUGGGUCAUUUUAUACAAAUCUAGGCUCCAUGAAUGUGGACAGCUGAUACAUGCACAACAAAAACCAAAGCAUAUAAAUGAAAUAUCACAGCGGACAAUAAUUA